CAUUUUCAUUUUAUUAAUCUUUUGUUUCAUAGAGCUUUCAGUUUCUUAAUGUGUUUUCUUUUUUCUUUUCUUUUUGCCUUUUUUCUUAGUGAUACCAAAUGAUACUCUGAAGUUUCCAACUAUCGUCAUUAGGGGUUGGAUGCGUUUGUUUCAAAUGAGGCAAUGAAACAUAUACCUCCAAUGCUGUUGGGAUUGGAAUGCCAAAGGGAAAUAUUGUGAGCGAAGUCAAUCUCGAUUAACUUUAGUAUUGUGGUAAUUGACAAGGUCAGAAUCCCUUGAUUGCAAUUAGGAGAUUUACCCCUUCAAAUGGGAUUCACAUGUUUGUUCGACUUGUUGAUUCAUUCACGUAUUUCUUUUGAUUCCAACUAUUAUCAAGUCCAGACUUCUCAAAUUUGUGAUAGAAAAAAAAAAUAUCAUAUAUACACUCAUGAUGUGCACAUCCUUCUACGUUGAAGUUUUCAAUUUAUAUGGUGUGAACUGGGAGAUUGUUCUAUAGGGUUGAGACCCUAAUAAAGGUUAUAUCUUGAUCUCUAACAACGGAGCAUAUUAAAUCUUAGCCUACUAACUGGACCAUGUUUUGACACCAAGCGGAUAUGCCAAUGAUUUCAUCGAGCCUAUUAGAGUAUUGUAAUGUUGUUUGUGAAAUAAGAGAAGCAUUAGUGGAAAACAAAAUCAUGAACGGGGCUGAAAAGAAGACAAAAAGAUUGCAGCUGCUUGGUAUGGCAUUACCAAGGAAAUUAAGAAACGUAGAUCUCAGAUGGAACUUCAACAUCUCAAGAAGAGGACAACAAUAAUACAUGAUUAAAGCUAGCCCUUUUUU